AUGAAUUAUUUAGUUUUUUGGAAAUGCGACACGUCUGUUAGCGUGGUCGAUUCUUCAUGUAUUAAUAAGCGCUCCGAAAAUAAUUCCGUAACCGUUCGAUGGGGACGCAAAUUUUUCGCCGCGAGAGUCAUUGCUGAAAACACCGAUGUUAAAUUCCCGAGAAGCAUUAUCGUCAAUACUGAUGGUAUCGUCACGAGGUUUGAUUAUGCUAAUCAAGAUGGCUGUAAUCUUGACACUGUUCCUAAUAAUAGUGAUAGUCUGCGUUGUGGUUCCGUUUCUGGUCAGAGUGUAUCUGAUGUCGUCCUUGAUGUUGCUGAUGCUGAUGAAAAUGCUAAUGGUGACUUCUUAAAUCACUCAGGUCAUGAUGGUGAUAAUGAUGGCGAUGACGAUGGCAAUGAUUAUAACCAUGACCUUUAUAAUGACGAUAAGAAUAAUAAUGUUUAUGAUCGCGAUGAUGAUAAUCAUGAUGAUAAUCAUCAUGAUAAUCGUGAUGAUGAUCAUGAUGAUGAUCAUAGUCGUGAUGACGAUCAUGAUGAUGAUGAUGAUGAUGAUGAAAACUCAGUGGGAAAGUAG